UUGCGGGUGGAGGUGGCGUUUGAUAGCAGGGGCGAUUUGCAAGGAGGGCGAGGGCGAUUGUAUCGUUUGUCCGUUUUUUACUAUUCAUUUACAUUAUGUCCGAAGAAAUUGAAGACACAAAACCCGUCGAGGAGACAACAAGCGAAGAAAGGAAGGAAAUGGAGGAUAAGGUGGUCAGUCCGGAGAAGGCGGAAGAAGCCAAGCUGAAGGCCAGGUACCCACACCUUGGGACCAAGCCAGGGGGCUCUGACCUGCUGCGGAAACGGCUUCAGAAAGGGCAAAAGUACUUCGACUCCGGCGACUACAACAUGGCCAAGGCCAAGAUGAAGAAUAAGCCGCUCCCCUCAGCCAUGGCGGAGAAGACCGAGAUCACUGGAGAUCACAUCCCCACCCCUCAGGACCUGCCUCAGAGAAAGCCCUCUCUCGUGGCCUCCAAACUAGCUGGGUGAAACCAGCGUUGAAAAAAUGCGCUGCUUCGUUCUCCUUCAUCUCUUCUCACCCCCCCUCUACCUUGCCAUUGCCCCC